UUUACUAUGUUUAGGAUUAUUUUUUUAUAAAUUAAAUUUUGAAUGUCGCAAAAACUAUGAUAAACCAUAAAAUCAUGUAAAACACGCAGAGAACUUUAAUAAUAACACAUUGAAAAUGUGUAGCCAGUUAAAGUAUAUUAAAAACCGCAUGUACAUUUUCAAAAACACUUAUUAAUUCAUUUUUAAUUUAAAAUUAGGCUAGAAAUCCAAUCCAAUGGCAGCGGUAGGUCGCUGCAAAGCCGCAUUUUCGGGUGAAGAUAAAUUAGCCUUAUGUUCAUUGGAUGGCGUGUUGCAUGUUUGGGACGUGAAGAGCGGGGUGGAGAGACACCAGUUCACACCAGCCAGCCAUCUGACUGCUACAUUCACUUGUUUAUCAUGGAAAAUAGCACACCAUCGUAACAAUGACAAACUUACAACACCAAAAAAGAAGAAGGCAAGGAAAUCUGAGAACAUUUCUCCUCACUUUGAAUAUAUUGCGCUUGGAACGGAAGUUGGAGAUGCUUUGUUGUAUGACAAUAUUGCUGGUGACCUAGUGUGCAAGUUUACUGGGGGCCACAAUGGACGAAUAAACGAUAUAUGUUGGAAAUCGGACGACAAUACUUUCUUCACAUGUUCAAAUGAUCACCAUAUUAUUGAAUGGGAUGCAUCACACUCCAAGCACAAAUGCAAAUGGAAAGCUGACAAAUGGGAGGUACACAGUAUCAAGGUUGGACCUCACUGCAAAACUUUGCUUUCUGCCGGAAAGACCAUUAAGUUGUGGAGUCUUAAAACUAAAGAAGUUAUUCGGAGGUUCAACGGACAUUUAAGUCCUGUGAUUUCUAUGUUGUUUGUUGAAUUGCCGGCCAAGAUUUCUAGCCACGAUUCAACAGCACUUGAAGCUGUUGACGAAACUUAUUUUCUCUCUGCUGCCUCUGAUGGUCACGCACUGAAUGCCUGGCAAAUCCGAUCAACAAAACCAAAGAAAAAUGCGAUCACCACAUUCUCGUUACCAUCCGAUGCCUUAAUGUUCGACGUCUUGUCGCCUUCUUCUCGCGACGAUCCGAUCUAUGUCCUUGUUACCACACUAGAUGGUGAUGUACUUGUGUUUUCUCAUACACUUAAUGGACCAAUGAAGAAACCUCUUACCCCCAUUUACAAUAUAAGAGUAGUUACCCCAACAGCCGAACAACUUUCUGUGAUUUCUGCCACGUUCGACAAGAAAAAUGAAGAUCCCGUCAUUGUUCUGGCGUAUGGCACUACUGCAGGGAUCGCAUUUGAAACUUUGAAAAUAAAAGAACAUUCUGGUUCGGAAAUCUGUUUAAUUCGUGAAGAUCCAGCUCAAGUACAUGUUUUAAUCGAGAAAGACAAAUUAAAGUUAAAGGAACCAUUGAAAAACAAGGAGAAUGUGACGACCAUCGUGCCUGGUGUGCCGGGUCAUAACAGGUUGGCUGUUGAAAAAUCUGGAACAAAAAGAAAGAAAAACCCUUCUAUUGGGGAAGCACAGCUUACCUUGGAAGAACGACUGACCGCGAUGAGCGUCGAUACAGCUUCUCCAAAUGGAGACUACAAAGCACCACCAAAUGCCGAUUCUUUAGCUAUUCUUCUUUCGCAAGGUUUGCAAAGCAACGACCGUGACGUACUUAAUCAAGUACUUCAACACAGCAAUGAUAACCUUAUUAGGAACACAGUUCGUCAAGUCCCAAUAAAUUAUGUUGUUUCUCUUCUUAAAGAAUUAACAGAAAGAUUGAAAGGAACUCCAGAAAAGUGUUUGAUUUUCAUGAAAUGGACGCGAACAACGUUAAGCCAACAUGCAUCAUAUUUAAUGACUCUGCCAGAAGUUGUACCACUUUUAACUGGCUUAUACCAGUUAAUUUCUGUCCGAACUCAAACUCACGAGCGCUUGACCAAACUUGAGGGCAAACUAGACCUGAUCAUGACGCAAAUCGUUUCACGGAAAACCACUGAAAAAAUUUCCGAGCAACCUGCUUUGUUUGUGGUGGAGGAAGAUUCUUCGGAUGACCAUGAUGAAGAUAUAAAUAUGAUGAGUCCGGAGUCGUUUGAUGAAUGGGAUGAGGGAAGUGAAGACGAACAUGAAACUAAUGAGGAAACCAUUGAAAUGCAAGGAUGAAAGUUAUUUGGUUUUUAAAUAUUUAUUCAACCAAAUAAAGCCUGAGAGAUAAAAGUUGUUUUAAGCAUUUUAUCUCACCUUUUAUUUUGAAACUGUUUCGUAAAAUCCCAUUUUUUAGCUUUCUCUAAAACUGCCGGUGCUCUGACGAUCUUCUUUCUGUUUUUCGCCCAGUGAGUCUGAUACUGCUUAAUAAGUUUGUAGGGAAUCAUGUUUUCUGAACGUCACCAAAUAAAUUGUGGUGACAUGGUCUUAUUUGUGCUUCUGUUGUGACUAAUAAGCUUUGGCGUACUUGGUUAAGAAGUGGAUGGCCUCUUAACAGCUGAACAAUUUUAACCCAAAAUUACGAAAUGCUAAAAAAGCAACCCUUGCCUUCUA